ACACAGCUGCAGCCUGUCCUCCAGACCCGACUGGUCUCAUUACACAAGCGUGCACACUUCCGAGGCUCUGCACUUGGCUUGCAUGGCUGUGAAUGUUUCAUGGACUUCGAAUUUGGAAAACUUAUAGUGUCGCUAUACUGGAGCGGGUCGCUUGUUUAGUGGAUUACUGGCACACCACAGGAUAUAGACAACUAUUUACUGGGGGCUGUCGGCGUGUCCUGUGCACAAGUGCGAGUCGAGAUGGGGAGCAAAGCUUUGCACGCUCCGAUCCCCCUGCACCCUCCCCUGCAGCUCACUAACUACUCCUUCCUGCAGGCCGUCAACACUUUCCCAGCUGACCAGUUGCAGGGACUGUACGGCCUCAGCGCGGUGCACACUAUGCACAUGAACCACUGGACUCUUGGCUAUCCGCACAUCCAAGGACUGAGAUCGACUAUCACAGAAAUGGCUGCCGCCCAGGGCUUGAUGGACCCCAGGCUUCCAUUCCAGGCUUUGCCCUUCACCGCCGCGGCACAGCUUUUCCAUCCAAAACAAGCCUCCGUUACGCACGGCAUGCCUUCGCUGCACAAGGACAGGCCGAGGUUCGACUUCGCUAAUCUGGCCCUGGCCGCAACACAGGAGGACCCACCGAAGGUUGCGGAUUUGGCCAAAUUGGCGUCGGGACUAGGGGGGACCAUAACCGAGCUGAACAAGCUGUCCCCGGACAGGAAACCCACUCGGGGCCGGCUCCCGUCCAAGACUAAAAAGGAAUUUAUUUGCAAGUUCUGCGGCAGACAUUUCACCAAGUCCUACAACCUUCUCAUCCACGAAAGGACCCACACGGACGAGCGGCCCUACACAUGUGACAUUUGCCACAAGGCCUUCAGAAGACAAGACCACCUCAGAGACCACAGGUACAUCCACUCCAAGGAAAAACCAUUCAAAUGUCAAGAAUGCGGGAAAGGAUUCUGCCAGUCACGAACUCUAGCAGUCCAUAAAACCUUACAUAUGCAGGAGUCUCCCCACAAAUGCCCCACAUGCGGAAGAACCUUUAAUCAAAGAAGUAACCUGAAAACUCACCUUCUCACCCAUACAGACAUCAAGCCCUACAGCUGUGGCCGCUGCGGAAAGGUGUUUCGGCGCAACUGUGACUUGCGACGGCACAGUUUGACGCACAGCCCACAUCAGGACUACUAAAGCCUGGACAAAAAAAAAAGAAAUAAAUAACACAACAACAAAAAACGAUAUGACAAAUGGACAAAACACAAGAAGAGGAGUGUAUUGACUUGCAAAUGUGGAUACUGCAGCACAUUAGGACUUGAUUGCACUGCAAGUUGGACAGCAACCGUGAACACCACCUGUAAAUAUCAAAAACCGUGUAAAUAAAUAAAGUAGUCUUUUCUGGCAUUCAAAGUUGUUAUCAACAAAGUGUGUUAAAUUGCAUUUUAGAAAUAAAUAUUUCCAUUGUAUACAUUUGCUGUUUUAUUUUUCUUGCGCCUCAAUAUUGACAUGAAAGCAUUUAACACCCUCAUCAAGUUUAU